UCUCCUCCAGGCCUACUAGCUAGCUAUAGCCACCAUACCUCUCUCUUUAUCUCGUCUCCAGCUGCGAUCGAUAGUACACCGACCAUGGCCACGCCGAGCAGCUCGUCACCGCCGGUGCCGCCCAUCCGGUCGGUGAACCUCGGCGGCUGGCUCGUGACCGAGGGCUGGAUCCUGCCGUCCCUCUUCGACGACAUUCCAAACAACGACUUCCUCGAUGGAACAAAGCUCCAGUUCAAGUCGGUGGUCCACAACACGUACCUCUGCGCCGAACAUGGCGGCGGCGACAUCGUCGUCGCCGACCGGACGGCCGCAUCGGGAUGGGAGACCUUCAAGCUGUGGAGGGUCGACGAGAACACGUUCAACCUCAAGGCGAUCGACGACAGCGCCGUGCACUUCGUGGGCGUCGACGGCAAUGGCGUGGUCGUCGCGACGGCGGCCACUCCGGGGCCGUCAGAGACGUUCGUGAUCGUGCGCAGCGACCGUGACAAUAGCAGGAUCCGCAUCAGGGCGUCAAAUGGGAAAUUCCUGCAGGCGAAGACCACGGUUUCAGUGACGGCAGACCAUGGUGAGGGUACAAGCUGGGGUGAUGAUGAUCCUUCAGUAUUUGCCAUAAACCGGGGGGAGAAACUUCAAGGAGAGUAUCAACUAUGCAACGGCUAUGGCAUGAAGAAGGCCACGGAAGUACUCAGGGAACACUGGAGCACAUACAUACUUGAGAACGACUUCAAGUUUAUCUCAUCAAAUGGAUUAAAUGCUGUAAGAAUCCCUGUUGGAUGGUGGAUCGCCAGUGACCCAAACCCUCCUGCACCCUUUGUUGGCGGAUCUCUAGAAGCAUUGGAUAAUGCAUUUCGAUGGGCAGAGAAGUACAAUUUAGGUGUCAUUGUGGACUUGCAUGCUGCACCUGGAUCGCAGAAUCCAUGGGAACACAGUGGUAGUAGAGAUGGUUCACAGACAUGGGGCACCACCGAUGAAACCAUCAUCCAAACUGUUCAAGUGAUUGAUUUCCUUGCAUCCAGAUAUGCCAAAAGCCCAAGUCUCCUGGCAGUUGAACUACUAAACGAACCGUUGGCACCAAAAGUAUCAGCUGGAAUGCUAAAGAAAUACUACCAAGAUGCGUACAAUGCUGUGCGAAAAUAUACAUCAGAUGCAUAUGUGAUCAUGUCGAAUCCAAUUAAUGCAGACUACUCGAAUGAGAUUCUCCAGUUUGCCGGUGGCUUCUUUGGUGCUGUGUUUGAUGUGCACUACUAUAACAUGUUCAAUGGAUCGUUUGACAACACAACAGCGGAGUGGAAUAUACAGUUUGUGAGAAAUGAUCGUUCUGCUGAGCUCAGGAGUGUCACAAAGCAGAACGGGCCUCUCACAUAUGUAGGGGAAUGGGUGGCUGAGUGGAAAGUGAAUAAUGCAUCCGAGGAAGAUUACAAGAGGUUUGCGCAAGCACAAUUGGAUGUGUACAGCCAAGCUACCUUUGGAUGGGCCUAUUGGAGCUUCAAGCAUGUCCAGAACCAUUGGAGCUUGGAGUGGAUGAUCAAGAAUGGUUACAUCUCACUAAAUCAGCCUAAGUUACCCAUCCGAGCAGUGAACCUUGGCGGCUGGCUCGUGACGGAGGGCUGGAUUAAGCCAUCACUCUUUGAUGGCAUUUCCAACAAAGAUCUCCUGGAUGGCACCCAGCUCCAAUUCAAAUCGGUCACCAACAAUAUGUACCUUGCCGCUGAGAACGGAGGUGGCAGUGCUAUUGUUGCCAACCGGGAGAAAGCGUCUGGUUGGGAGACCUUCAAACUGUGGAGGAUCAACGAGACUACAUUCAAUCUCAGGGUUUUCAACAACCAGUUUGUGAGCAUUGGUGGCAAUGGGGCAGUUAUUGCAACAGCAACCGUGCCGGGGCCGAAUGAAACAUUUCAGAUCAUUCGCCUUGACAGCGACAAAAGCAGGAUGCGCAUAAGGGCACCCAAUGGGAAAUUCUUGCAGGUGAAGGCCAUGGGUUCAGUCACUGCAGAUCAUGGUGCUAGCACAAAUUGGGGAAAUGAUGACCCAUCAGUCUUUGUAGUAAAUAAUAUUUAUGGCUUGCAAGGGGAAUACCAGAUUUGCAAUGGCUACAGUGCAGGCAAUGCCACAGAGGUGCUCAGGGAGCACUGGAACACAUUUAUAGUUGAGGAUGACUUCAAAUUCAUCUCAUCAAAUGGGCUAAAUGCAGUGAGGAUCCCAGUUGGAUGGUGGAUCGCCAGCGACCCCAACCCUCCUGCACCUUUUGUUGGUGGAUCUCUACAAGCCUUGGAUAACGCAUUCAAAUGGGCAGAGAAGUACAACAUAGGUAUCAUUGUGGACUUGCAUGCAGCACCAGGGUCUCAGAAUCGGUUGGAUCACAGUGCCUCCAGGGAUGGCUCAUUGGAGUGGGGCACCUCUGCUGCAAACAUCGCACAAACUGUGGGUGUCAUAGAUUUCCUUGCAUCCAGAUAUGCCAAAAGUUCAAGCCUCCUAGCAAUAGAAUUACUCAACGAACCACUGGCACCAGAUGUACCUGUGGAUACAUUAACAAAAUACUAUCAAGACGCAUACAAUGCUGUAAGAAAAUACACUUUGCAAGCCUAUGUAAUCCUGUCAACUCGAAUGUCAGGGGAUCCAACGGAGUUUCUCUCAGUAGCCAGCAGUCUCUUUGGUGCGGUUAUCGAUGUGCAUUACUAUAACCUGUAUAACAGCAUGUUUGAUAACUACACUGUGGAGCAGAACAUCAAUUUUGUAAGGAAUAACCGUUCAUCAGAUAUCAACACGGUCACAAAGCAGAACGUUCCUCUAACAUUUGUCGGAGAAUGGGUGGCCGAGUGGUACGUGGAUAAUGCAUCCAAGGAAGACUACCAAAAUUUUGCGCAAGCGCAGCUAGACCUGUAUGGGAAAGCUACUUUUGGAUGGUCCUAUUGGACAUUCAAGAACGUCAAGAACCACUGGAGCAUGGAGUGGAUGAUCAAGAAUGGGUACAUCUCCCUCAAUAAUCUGCCUCCAUCAUCACCACCCAUCCGGUCGGUGAACCUUGGCGGCUGGCUUGUGACAGAGGGCUGGAUUCUACCGUCACUAUUUGACGGUAUACCCAACAAUGACCUCCUGGACGGUACCACUCUCCAUAUCAAGUCUGUGAUCCAGGACAAGUACCUUGCAGCCGAACAGGGCGGCGGCCAAACCAUUGUUGCCAACCGAGUAGUGGCCUCUGAUUGGGAGAGCUUCACACUGUGGAGGGUAGACGAGACAACAUUCAAUCUCAGGGUGUUCAAAAAGCAAUUCAUGGGCAUUGACAGCAAUGGAACAGUCAUCGCAACAGCGACUACGCCUGGUCUGUCAGAAACAUUCCAGAUCGUGCGCAGUGACACCGAUAAGAAUAGGGUGCGCAUCAGGGCACCAAAUGGGAGCUUCCUUCAGGCAAAGACUGCCAAUUCUGUUACAGCAGAUUAUGGUGAAAGCACAAACUGGGGCAAUGAUGAUCCCUCAGUGUUUAUCGUAGAUAUGGUAGGUGGUCCACAAGGGGAGUAUCAGAUUUGUAAUGGCUAUGGUGCAGAGAAGGCCUCGCAGGUGCUUAGGGAACAUUGGAGCACAUACAUAGUUGAGAGUGACUUCGAAUUCAUCUCAUCAAGCGGGCUAAAUGCAGUGAGAAUCCCAGUUGGAUGGUGGAUCGCCAGUGACCCCAAUCCUCCUGCUCCAUUUGUUGGAGGAUCCCUCCAAGCCUUGGAUAACGCAUUUAAAUGGGCAGAGAAUUACAAUAUUGGUGUCAUUGUGGACUUGCAUGCCGCUCCUGGGUCACAAAACCAUUGGGAGCAUAGCGCCACAAGGGAUGGAUCACUAGAAUGGGGCACCACUGAUACAAGCAUCACCCAAACAGUGCAAAUCAUUGAUUUCCUCGCUUCCAGAUAUGCCAAUAGCCCGAGUCUGCUGGCAAUUGAGCUACUCAACGAGCCAUGGGGACCGGAUGUACCCCUAGAAAAGCUUAAGAAAUAUUAUGAGGAUGCAUACAACGUCGUGAGGAAAUACACCGCGAAGGCCUACGUGAUCAUGUCAAACCGGCUGGCAGGGGAGUCCAACACUGAGCUUCUUGAUUUCGCCAGUAGGUUCCCGGGCGUAGUCAUCGACGUGCACUACUACAACCUGUUCAAUGACGACACAUUCAAAAAUUUAAACGUAGAGCAAAACAUUGAAUUUGUGAAGAACAGCCGCAAGGCUGAGUUCAGCAACAUCACGAAGCAAAAGAGCCCUCUCACGUUUGUUGGAGAAUGGGCGGCAGAGUGGAAGGUAAACGGGGCAUCCAAAGAGGAGUACCAAAGGUUUGCGCAAGCACAGCUUGAUGUAUAUGGAAGAGCUACCUUCGGAUGGGCUUACUGGAACUUCAAGAACGUCAAUAACCAUUGGAGCUUGGAAUGGAUGAUCAAGAACGGGUAUAUCUCACUGAAAAUAUAGAAAUAGUGCCAUAAUUCUGUCUGGUGGGUGAAUACACAUUACACCUAAUGCAAAGGCCAGAAGCCCAGAACUGUAAUAAUGAUUUUCCAUUAUCUAAAACGAAGUAUCAAUCGGGUUAACACGAACUAGAAUAAGUCUGUAAAUCUUGUUUAAUUACGGCCAAUAAAUCAGUUCUGUUAGCCAGGUGGAAGCAUGCAUCCAGAUGCAUGCUUGUAUUAUAAGACUUAUAUUGUGUAUUGUAACAUUCACAUAUUUGAAUAUGUAUGAUCUUUGCUUUUAUU